CUCAGAUUUAACUCCUGGACAGUCCGUCAUCUAUCUUUUGCUGGUCGGUUUCAACUGAUUCAAGCAGUAAUCUACUCCACCAUUUCUUUUUGGGCCUCGAUCUUCAUUAUCCCUAAAGAAUGCAUACACUUACUCGAGUAGAUGUGCAAUGCGUUUCUGUGGAGAGGAGCUCCGACGACUGCUAGAGGAGUGAAAGUGUCUUGGAUAUCAGUAUGCACUCCCAAGGAGGCGGGUGGACUAGGGUUAAGGAGGUUGAAGGAAUGGAACCGUGUGCUCGGGCUAAAAUUGAUUUGGUUGAUUUUCGCAGCAGGUGGCUCUUUAUGGGUUUCUUGGGUUAGAAGGCAUUUGAUUGCAGACAGGAAUUUUGGGAUAUUCAACCACAGAGGCGUGAUAGCUGGAUUUGGAAGAGUCUUUGCAACCUGCGGCAUAUUGCUCGCCCUAUGGUAAUAUGCGAGGUUGGUAAUGGAUCCACUGCUCGUUUCUGGCAUGAUAACUGGACGUCUUUGGGUCCUUUGAUUGAUAUCACUGGUCCUAGAGGACCAGGGGUUACUGGACUACAUGUGGAUGCAGUUGUAGCGGAAGCAUUGAGAGAUGGUGAUUGGUGGGUUAGAAGAAGCCGUAGCAGAAACAGACUCAUUACUAUGCUACGGGAGUGUUUACCUGAAGCUGCCCCUAUACUUAAUUCAGAAGCGGAAGACAUUUAUCUCUGGAAACCAGGGAACAGAGUAGCUUCUUGUACCUUCUCUACUGCGGAUACUUGGGAAGCUUUGCACCCACAGGGGGAAACAGUUUUCUGGCACCGCCAAGUUUGGUUUCAAGGGAGGAUACCGAAACAUGCUUUUAUUACUUGGGUGAUUGCUCGCAACAGGCUGGGAACAAGAGACAGAAUGCGGAGUUGGGGCGUGCAAGGGCCGGCAACUUGCAUUCUAUGCAAUGCGGCGGAUGAGACGAGGCAACACCUCUUCUUUGAUUGCCCUUAUAGAACUGAGGUGUGGACAUUUUUUUGCUCAAGAUUGAAUCUCCACCCUCCUGCUUUGUUUGAAGAUGGACUUAGAUGGCUUAGAAACCCAUCGCCUGAUGAGUUUGUGAAGCUGAUCGCUAAGCUUGUGUUCCAGGCAGCCUUGUAUAGUAUUUGGAAGGAGAGAAAUGUUCGAAUUCAUAAUCAAGCUUUCCGACCAGCCCAAGCCGUGAUUCUUGAGAUGAAGCAAACCAUACAAGCCCGCUUGGAUCCCUUGUCAAGAGCUAGCAACUCUAGGAGGACUGAUACCACCUUAUUAGGUACUUGGUUUAACUUUUUCUAGCAGGGGAAAAAAAGAAGAAGUAGAAGAAGAAGGUGAGGUAUUUUUGAAUUUUAAAGAUUGGUGGAGAGUUGGAGCGGUGAAAAAGUGAAGAAGAGUCGACGUAGUUCAGCAUUUUCUUUUUCUUUCUUUGUAUAGUUAAGGUUUUGAAAGUUUUAUCCCGGUUUGUGGGCGCUUUAUAGGUGUA